AUGAUUGGAGCCCCCGGAGAUCCCGGACCCCCUGGAAACUUAGGAGAAAGAGGCCCACCAGGAGAAUCGGGAGAAAGAGGUCCAAAAGGUGAUGGAGGAGAAGAUGGGUAUGGUGAACCUGGAGACCCUGGACCGAUGGGAGUCCAAGGAGAGCCCGGAACACCAGGAGAAUCGGGAGAAAGAGGACCCCAAGGACCACCAGGAGAAUCAGGAGAAAGAGGACCCCAAGGACCACCAGGAGAAUCAGGAGACAGAGGUCUAAAAGGUGAUAGAGGAGAAGUUGGGUAUGGUGAACCAGGAGACCCUGGGCCGAUGGGAAAACCAGGAGAUAUCGGACCACCUGGAAAAACAGGAGAAAGAGGUCAACAAGGCCCACCAGGAGAAUCAGGAGAAAGAGGUCUAAAAGGUGAUGGAGGAGAAGAUGGGUACGGUGAACCUGGAGACCCUGGACCGAUGGGAGUCCAAGGAGAGCGCGGAACGCCAGGAGAAUCGGGAGAAAGAGGACCCCAAGGAACACCAGGAGAAUCGGGAGAAAGAGGACCCCAAGGAGAAUCAGGAGAAAGAGGUCUAAGAGGUGAUAGAGGAGAAGUUGGGUAUGGUGAACCAGGAAACCCUGGACCGAUGGGAGUCCAAGGAGAGCGCGGAACACCAGGAGAAUCGGGAGAAAGAGGACCCAAAGGACCACCAGGAGAAUCAGGAGAACGAGGAGAUCCCGGACCACCAGGAAAAGAAGGAGAAGGCGGUCCUCAAGUACCACCAGGUUAUGGAGAGAGAGGACCAACAGGUUAUGGAGAGAGAGGAGCCACCGGAGAUCCAGGACCCCCUGGAGAAUCAGGAGAAAGAGGUCCCCAAGGACCACCAGGAGAAUCAGGAGAACAAGGUCCAAAAGGUGAUAGAGGAGAAGUUGGGUAUGGUGAACCAGGAGACACUGGACCGAUGGGUAUACCUGGACCAUCAGCUUAUGUUUAUGUACGUCACAGCCAAACUUCAAAGGAAACCGGAUGUUAUAACAGACAUGCUAUUUUAUGGAAAGGUUACAGUUUACUACAUACCGAAGAUGAUGGAAGGGCUUAUUCACAAGACCUUGGACAAUCGGGAUCGUGUCUUCCUCAUUUCGCACCUAUGCCUACACUUUUCUGCAACAUUUACAACGUUUGCUACUAUGCAAGUCGAACGGCUACAAGCUAUUGGCUAUCCACGGAAUCGCAGAUGCCAAUGAUGCCUGUUAGCCGAAUGCCGAUGUAUCGGUAUGUGAGUCGUUGUGCUGUGUGCCAGUCACCCACACCAAUGAUUGCAGUCCAUAGCAUGACAACUCGCGUACCUUCAUGUCCAGAUGGGUGGACACCAAAGUGGGCAGGCUACAGUUUUGUAAUGCAUGCAAUCGGUACAGUUUCCGGUGGUCAGAAUCUUCAAAGUCCUGGAAGUUGUCUCGAACAUUUCUCAACUCGACCAUUUAUAGAGUGUACCAGCAGAGGUCAAUGUCAUUUUUUCUCUGAUAAGUUUGCAUUCUGGCUGGUGGCUGCUUCAGUUGAGGAACGACUUAACCCUCACCAAGAAACAUUAAAAGGAGUGGACCAAUUAAAACGUGUGGGAAGAUGCGCUGUGUGUAUGAUGAAGCCUGUGCAAUAAUACGUGUACAUGUGUGCUAGGAGUGAAAGCAUUUGUGUGUUGCAAUAAAUACAAUUCCUAGUAU